CCGGCCGCCUUCCUCCGUCCCCUGCGCGGUGGCGCCGUUGCCAUGGCAGCAGGGCAGGCCGAGGCCCAGCCGCGCCGAUGCCCAAGUUGCCGCUCUCGCCGGUGCCCGAGCAGGCGGGCGAGCGGCUCUCCGGAGGAGCGUCCUCUGCGUCCCUCGCUCCGAGCGCCUCCAGCUCGCGGAACUUAGAGACUUUUUUGAGGUCCCCUGAUGUAUCAGAACCCAUCUGCCGGGACAAAAGCGCCUGCUUCUUGGAGAAAGCAUUAAACUAUUCUGAAGAGGAAGCCGAGGAAGAAGAAGAAUCAGAAGACGAUCAAGAGGAAGAGUGGGACACAGACCUUGAAAUAGAAAACUCUACAAUAUGCUAUGAUCCUGCCGGGAAAGCCAGAUACCUUGCGAUCUGUCAAGCGUAUGGCGUGGUUCCUAUCUCUUAUUUUUUACGGCAUAUGAAAGAUUCUGAACUGACUCUGAACCAUCGUGGCCUUAACCCUAAGGCGGUCAAGGCUCUCGCUCUUUCCCUGACCAGCAACACGUCCAUUGUGAAGCUGAACCUGAGUGACAACGGGCUGGAUGGAAACGGAGCAAUUGCGAUGGCGGAGAUGUUAAAGGAAAAUUGCUACAUUUCAGAACUUGAUUUGUCAGAGAACAGAGUCGGGAUCAAAGGGGCAGAAGCUCUGUCCACAGUGCUUCGGGAAAGUCCAUUUCUUGUGACCGUGAAACUUUCAGGAAAUGAAUUAAACGACAGGGCAGCCAAAUACCUGGUAGAUGCUUUAGUGACCAAUCAGAAAGUGGAGCACCUUGAUCUGAGUCAUAACAUGCUCGGAGAACCAGCAGGAGAAGCUCUUGGAGUGGCCAUGGCGGAAAAUGUGGGGCUGAAGGAACUCAACCUCAGCUGGAACAACUUUCGGGGCCAAGGAGCAGUGGCUGUGGCCAAAGGCUUGGCGGCGAAUAUAUUCCUUCGAGUCCUUGAUCUGUCGUAUAACGGCUUUGGCAACAGUGGUGCAGCUGCUCUGGGGGCAGCCCUGAAAAGCAACGAUGUGCUGGAAGAACUCCACAUCGGGAAUAAUCGCAUUGCCUUGGAAGGGGCCCUCGCGCUGGCUUUGGGCCUGAAAGGAAACAAGAACCUGAGGACACUCAAGAUGUCCAGGAACCCCAUCCAGAACGAAGGCUGCCUCGGGAUCCUCAAAGCCAUCCGAGCAAAUCCUGGAGCUGCAAUGGAACUUCUGGAUUUUUCAGCAAUUGUGGUGAAGCAGGACUUUGUCCGGGCAUGUGAGGCUGUCCAAGAACUUUUCCCAAGCCUUCUGAUCCACCAUGAUGGAACCACUCGCUUGUUCAGAAGAAAACUUUCCAAGGUUUCCUAAAGAGAUUCCUGGUGGCCCUGGAAGAUCCGCCUUUUCUUGUGGACGUCCUGGAUGGGAGCACCCCAUGAAAGGUCUGGCAAUGCUUGAUAGAGGUUCAGGCCUUGUAAUCCCCUCCCCACCUCCGUGCUUCUCUUUGUGCUAGAACCAGCAUGUUGAGUGAAAUGCUGCCUUUUCAGAUGCUGAAUGAUUGCUGCAGGGGUCUCCUUCCAGGGAUUUUGGUACCCUGCUCCUAGCAAUAGGAGGGAAUCCAUUGGCAGGAGAGGUGGCAAGCAGUCCUAGCAAUUUUCCCUUCGAGGCAAAACCCUCCAGUAAUUGUCCAAGCCAACCUCAAUUGAGGCUAACAGGAAGCUGAUAAAAAUCUGGGAAGGAACUUUGGAUGCAUUUAUUCCCUCUCAUUCUACAGAGUUUGGGAACUGCUCUACUAGCCAAAACUCUGUCCCGGUACUUUUAGCCAAAUUGUUCUGUGUGCCAUCAACCUUUCCUCUUGCACAAUCUGCGCAAACGUUUCCAGUUGCCAGGAACGUACAGCAGGCUUCCGGGCUGGACAUCAUCCCAGGGGAAGUAAUCCCACCCCCCACACCUCAGGCAGCCCAGUCCUGAUGGCCAGAGGAGGUGAAGGUGACCUCACCCCUGCUGGACAGCUUCUGCUUGGGGAGGCCAUCCAUAAUCCCCCCCUCCCCCCAUGUUAAGGGAUCUUCACAAGGCUCUAGUGAAAUUCAGGGGUGGAUUGGCUGAGGGGGUCCAGGGCCACAGUUUUCCGGGUGCAUGUGGUCAGCUCCAAGCCAUAUUGAAGGGUGGGGCUGAGAGAAAGCUGAAGGCAGCAAGGGUUGAGGAAAGAAGAAGGGUACCCUCGCCCCCCAAAAAACGUGUGGGUCAAAUAGUGGAUUACUUCCAUGCUGUUUGCUCGAUAUGGGGCCAUUUGUAGUAAAUAAUGUAUCUCACUCCAGCUCUCUUUAUUUGUUUUAUUUUUGUAAACUUCAGUUUUGCCAAUCUUGUCAGAGAAAUAUUGUAUUGUUGCUAAGUUUGAUGUAUUCUGCCCUGAAUCACUUUGUGUGCAAGAUGGGCAGCCAGAUAAAGUUAAUAAAUAAAUAAAUCUAAAUCUA